AUGACACAGAAGCUCAAGAUCGCGGCCGCUGGCCUUGGGCGCAUGGGCAAGCGUCAUGCCAUCAACUUCCUACACAGAACCCCCCGGGCUGAGCUUGUUGCUGCCUUCUCGCCAGACCCCGCGGAGCUUGCAUGGGGCAAGACCAACCUUGAGCCGUACGGUGUGACCCUCUACGACAACUAUCAGAAGAUGAUUGAGCACGAGGGGCUCAUGGCCGUGGUCAUUGGCACGGCCACUUCAGUUCACGCGGAGGAAGCCAUACAAGCUAUGGAAAAGAACCUGCACGUGCUGUGUGAGAAGCCGCUAUCAACAAGCAUAGACGUCUGCAAACAAGUCGUCGCCGAGGCCCGCAAGCGGCCACAUCUCAAGGUCAUGUGUGGUUUCUCCCGGCGCUUCGACGAGUCCUACCGCGACGCCCACUCCAAGAUGGAGCAGGGCCUGAUCGGCCGGCCGUCCGUGGUCCGCAGCCAGACGUGCGAUAAGCAUGACCCCUCUGGCUUUUUCGUGGAGUAUGCCGCCUGGUCAGGCGGAGUUUUCGUCGACAUGUCGGUGCACGACAUCGACCUGACGCUGUGGUUCUUCGGUGACAAUGUCGUCCCCAAGAGCGUGUCCGCGUACGGAAUCACAGCCGUGCAGCCGGGGCUAAAGAAGUACAACGACUACGACAACGCCGUGGGUAUCGUCGAGUUCUGGGGAGGACAAAUCGCCAACUACUUCUGCUCGCGCAUGAUGGCACAUGGCCAAGAGGACGUCACCGAGGUCAUCGGAACUGAGGGCAAGCUUUCUGUCAACACUAACCCACAGAAGAACUUUGUUAACUACUAUGGCCCCAAUGGCAUUACCCGCGAGGUCCCCGCACAUUACUAUGGCCGCUUCGAGGGCGCGUUUGUACAAGAGGCAAACGAGUUCGCAGACUGCUGCCUAGACAACAAGCCAUUACCACUGGACCUCAACAACGCGGUCAAAGCUGUACAAAUAGGCGCUUGGAUCCAGGAGGCGCUUGUCAAAGGCACGCAAAUCCGGUUCGACGAGAGCGGCAAGAGGAUCGAGCAGCCCAAGCUAUGA